AUGCUGCCGGCAAUGAACUCGCUGGCUGAUCUCUCAACCGCGCCGACAAUUACCAACGUCAUGGUCUCCCCCGAUUCCGGCAAGCCUCUGAUCCAAAGCAUCGAAGAUAUUGAGAAGCAUAUCCCAGACAAAGAGGCUCGCAUCGAAACUUUAUUCAGCGGCGGUGUGGACAGCUGUUAUCUCCUUUUACUGCUCCUUGAGAAGGGCUAUACGAACGUCCAUGCCCUCAACGUGAACGUGGGCGGACCAAGUCACAAUGACGGCCUCGAAACGCUGGCAGAACGUGCAAAAGCCCUGGGCGCCAGCUUUCAAUCUCUCGACGGCCGAGAUGAAUUUGUUGAAGUUGUGCGUUCAGCUUGUCGCUAUAGGCCAAGAUAUCUCGGAGGCCAUCCAAUCAGCAGCUCCCUCAGCCGUCCCGUUAUAGCGGCGAAAGUCAGCCAAGCUGCCAAGCGGACCGGCGCGCACAUUAUACUCCACACGGCGAACCAAUCCCAAAACAGCCUGCCCCGUAUCAACAAUGGUAUCAAGAUUGCCGACUUUUCAGGAAUACAUGGCAGUCCAUACGCUCAUUCUGUCAUCCCUCGCUGCGACAAGAUCAAGGCCCUGAAUAGGGCUGGCCUCAAAUUUAGAGAGGAACGUGAUGUGAGCUGCGACGACAACAUGCUCGUAUCUGAAUUCGAGGGUGGCCCCCUUCUGGAUGAUCCAGAAGGCCCGAUCGAACUAAAGGACGAGCUUUACCGUUGGACGAAAGACGUCAAAGCCGAUCGGCCGACCGAGGAGGUUACGUUGGAGUUCAAGAGAGGCCAUCUCGUCUCAAUUGACGACAAAGCAAUCGAUGGCGACGCGAUAGCCUUCAGAGACGCUCUCUCCUGUCUGAAUGUGAAGGCUGGCAAGUUCGGCAUCGGCCGCUACUACGGUCUUGAGCAUAUCCAUGUCGACCUGCCAACCGAAAGCACUGUCACAGAGUUUCGUGAAGCGCCUGCAGCCACGUUGAUCUACGCCGCUGGUGAUCUACUUGAUAAUGCUACGUUGCGACAACGUGACGUAUCAAAGCUGAACGAACUGCGAAUGAAGUGGGCUUUGGAGUGCUCGAAUGGCCGCUGGGCCGGUGAUGAACACAGGAGAUGUCAAGAAACCAUGGACAAGAUGCUGGAGCUGGUCAGUGGGAAGGUAACCUAUUGUCUUGAGCCUUGGCGUUAUGGCUUGAUCUCUGUCAAAGCCAAGAAGCAUAUUUAUGUACGGGACCGAGACGCGUGGGAAGUGAAGACGGUUGGGAAACUACAGCGCACUUCUUUCAUGAAGUUUUAA